CCAAACACCUUGCAAACCCGAACCACCAUGUACGGAGAAUCUGCAGCAGCACCGGUUGAUCCCUACACUGAUCCAUACAACGAGCCCCCGCCGCCCGCGGCUGGUGGCAAUGCUGACCCUCGGGACCGGGACCCUCCUCCCCCUCCCCGAGGUCGCUCUCGUUCCCGCAGCCCCGCGCGUGGCUCGUCUUACCGCAGGUCUCCUGCACCUCGCCGCCCUCCCCAUGCCCCAAUUGUUUGUUAUUUUGUGUUUUCAUGCGUCACAGCCUUGUACUUAUCCCGCGAAGCAGGCGCCCAAUCCUUCCAACGUGUUGGGAGUGUUCGGCUUGAGUAUUCGUACCACAGAACGUGACCUGGACGAAGAGUUCAGUCGGUUUGGACGUGUUGAGAAAGUUGUUAUCGUCUAUGAUCAGAGGUCCGACCGCUCCCGUGGUUUCGGAUUUAUCUCAAUGUCGGCUGUCGACGAGGCGACACGUUGCAUCAAGGAGCUCAACGGAGUGGAGUUGAAUGGCCGUCGUAUUCGCGUCGACUAUUCAGUAACCGACCGACCGCAUGCGCCGACCCCAGGGGAGUACAUGGGCCAUCGUCGUCGCCGGGGUCGUGACACGUACUCAGGCUUUGGGGGCGACCGUCCCGACGACGUUCGCGAUUCUUACCGGGACUCGUACAGGGAUCGUCGUGACCGGGAGCCCUACCGUCGGGACGACAAGGAUCGCGACCACUACGGCCGCGAUAGCCGAGACUGGCGCGACCGCCGCAGCCCGCCUCCGCGCAGUCGGUACUCCCCUGAUUAUCGGAGGCGCCGAAGCUACUCCAGGAGCCCCCCUCGUGGCAGCAGUCCUACGCGGGCUCGUGACUACGAUGCUCCUUCCUCCAGCGCUCUGCCCCCCGCCAACGGAGAGCCUCGUUGGUAAAGCGGCUGAAGACCUUCUUGGAGCAAGUGACGGAAUGCAGGUCAAGGGUGUAUGUGGCAGAAUGCUGAGAACGCACGUGGUGAUUCCCUGGCAAGACGUUUCAAUUUCUUCAAUUUCCUCAAUAUCAAGAGCACUUUCGUGAACAUGCGUCGUAUGGUUCUCAAGUAGCACAAAAAAGAGAAAAGCGAACAUGUCAAGCUUGCCCUUUGGUAUCGCCUCGAAUAUUCUAUACC